AUGGGUCGGUUCUCGUCCUGGGCGCAGACUCGCGCAGCUGAGAGCCCCAAAGAGGAAGCCGCCGAGGCUGUGCAGGCUGUGCAGGAGAAGCAGCUGUUCGUCGUUGAGAACCUGCAGCUCCGCUCCAAGAGCAACGGCAUCAGAUAUCGCUGCUCGCCGGACCUGGCUGACAAGCACAGCAAGAUCGCUUUAUUCGGAUCCCGCAUCAAGGGUAUUCCGUAUGGAGGGUGCUGGAUACAGGUUGGAAGUCGAUUUCUGCCAACUCACAUUGGCGGGGCAGAGGUCUUACGCCCCGUUGAGGAGGGUAGUGCCGAAGGCGUCGCCAUAGAGCCUGCCGAUGACGAUGUCAAGGACAAGCUGCUCGGGCAAAUGCUCUUUGGUCGCUCGGAAGGCGAUGCUGGCUAUAUUGAUCAGCGACAGCUUGACAAGUCGCCGACGCGAAUAGCGCGAAACUUGAUCCGUCCGGAGACCUCCAUGACCGAUGCGCCACUCUUGUCGGUCGGAGAUGGGGCUGUCUACGAGGUUCUGUAUGAUCGAGUUGCAAUUCGGUCUGCAGCAAGUACAACCUCCACAACCUUGGAGAUCAAACAGAAGGGCGAGACCCUGGAGCUCUUCGAGUGGGAUCCUUCACGUAAGUGGCGCCGCUGUGCGGCAGACGCGCUCGCAACAACCGCGGGCUGGGUGCUGCUGGACCAUCCAGAAUUUGGGCCCUUGGUGCGGCCAAAGGGGGCUCCGCUCUGCGCCCGACCACUGGAGCCCUUGUGCGCUGCCGCCGCAGAAGCGCAGCUCGGGGAGCUGCGGCGCUUCCUGAACGAAGGACUUGACCCGCGCGUUUGUGAUGCUGGCGGCGUUUCCGCGCUCACCCUGGCAGCGCAAGCAGAUGCCAGAGACUGCGCGAUUCACCUUAUCGAGGCCGGCGCUGUGACCACCGCCGCAGCGGGAGAUGCAGCGAUCAGGAAUGCCAGCAGUGCAGGCACUCGAGUCUUGAUCCAGGCCCUCCUGGGUCACAUUGUCGAGGAUGAUGCUGCAUUACAGGAUGCGCUGGGAGAUCUCACCUUGGAGGCGCGCCUGGCAGCCGACAGGCCUCGCAGAGAUGCGCAGAACGGCACGCGCGCGGUCCUUUUUCCCUCUGCGUUCCUCGCGUUGAUGGCCGGAUUUUCGGGAAGUGCGGAGAGGAUCCUGGAGCAGCUCUCCGAGGCCGAGGCCCAGGCCCAGGCUCGCGGGGGCGGGUGCGACGAUCCGGACCUGGUGACGCCGAGAGGACGCAGAGAGCUGCUGGUGAAACAACAGCGGUUGAGCCAGAAGGUCAGCCCAAACUUCCGCGACGGAAGGGAGGAAAGCUCCACGAGGUGCUUCACAAGGCCGUGGCCGUUCGAUACCUUCCGUCCACGACAGCAGAUAUGGUUGGCACCCGAAUCCUGGGCCAGCUUGUCGAGCUCUUCGAGGAGAGCGCAGAUGGAAAGUGGCGAAAAAUGGAAGAUGCAGAAAGUGGCGAAGAGGGCAGUCCUUGCCAACUCGGUACGUGAUGCUGGCUUCAAGCGAGAGCUCCGGGUCGAGCAAGACGCUUGGCCCCUCGUGCUGCAAGCGCGGGCUUAUCAGCUGAGCAGCAGCACAUCUUGGCAAUGUAGGUUGGAUGAGGCAUCACAGGAGCCCACAAAUCGCUUGCGAGCUGAGGUCGGACACUACUGGCUCAGGAAUCCCGAGCUAGCUCCCGAGGCCUUUAAGGCCAGACAGGCUUUUGCAGCCUUCUGCACACUGAUGAUGCAGGAGAUACGCAAAGAGAUCUACCGCAGCUGGGCCACUUGGCUUCAGAUUUGGCCACCGAUUCCAUCGCAGGGCGAGCUACCCGAGGCUCAGAUAGAGGAUCUUUCACAUGAGGCCUCUGAAAGCAACGUCUCUGCACUGCUCCUGCUUGGCAUUGGCGGCUCGGCGCUGGGCCCACAGCUCGUGUCGGAGGCCUUGGGCCCGGGAUUGCGGAGAAUCGCUUUCCUAGACAACACGGACCCUGACGGCUUCCACACUGUGCUGAGCACCAUCGAGCCGGCAUCGACAUGGGUUGUUCUGGUCGCAUCCAAGUCCGGUGGAACCGUUGAGACCCGCAACGCCUUGGUUGAAACGAAGGCACACUUCCUCUCCCAUGGUGUGGAUUUCUCUUCGAAAGCUCUCGCCAUUACAUGCGCCGGCUCGCGUCUGGACGGGUGUUUGCUGCCUGCGGCGCUUCUGGGAAUGGAUUGGAGAUCCCUCCUCAGGAAUCCUGCCGUCUUGCUGGCUCGUGCUUGGCAGUCGCUGGCGGGAAGGGCGAUGGUGGUGUUGCCGUACAGGGACCGCCUCCAGCUGUUUGGGCGCUACUUGCAGCAGUUGGUCAUGGAAUCUCUCGGCAAGGCAAGGAACUUGCAAGGCGACCUGGUGAACCACGGUCUGACAGUGUACGGGAACAAAGGAUCCACGGACCAGCAUGCGAUUUUGCAGCAGCUUCUGGACGGCCCUGAUGAUUUCUUUGUCGUCUUCAUUGCGAUUAUGGAGGGGGUCCACGAUAAGGACAGCAAAGAGGUCGAAACAGGGAUCACCAGCAGCGACUAUCUCUUGGCCUUCCUUGUUGGCACACGUCGCGCACUGACAGCUGCCGGACGCAGGAGCCUCACCAUCACCUUGCAGCGCGUGGACGCUUUCCAUUUGGGGGUGCUCAUCGCUUUGUUCGAAAGGGCAGUGGGAUUGUAUGCAGCGCUGAUCGGAGUGAAUGCCUACAACCAACCUGCUGUCGAGUUUGGGAAGCAAGCUGCAUCAGAUGUAACGCCCUGCUGGCCGAGUCCUUGGGGCCCGUACGCAGCAGGUCAAGUUGGAGGAGCUCCCGAACACCCGUCCUGGAGCGAUGGUCUGGACGUUUACGACACCGACGGCCAGCACGUGGGAACCAGCACUGCCUGGCAGGCUCAAACGUCCUGCCAGUGGCAUCGGACUGUGUAUGUGAUUCCACGCUUGCCCGAUGGCCGUAUACUCUUCCAGAGACGUGCUGACUGGAAGUGGCGGAUGGGCGGCUUGUGGGACCUAGGUGCCUCGGAGACGGUCGAGAUGGGCGAGGACCUUCAGGCGGCCGCCCAGCGUGCAGUCCACGAGGAGCUUGGGAGCCGUGCAGCGCUGCUGGCUCUCACGGAGUGUUGUCGACUCAACACAGGCUGGAGUGGAGCAUUGCCAAAGAUGCAGCUUUGCCAGUUAGAUCAAAACAUCGUCUACACCGCCAAGGGGAGCUUGGGUGCAGAUGCAGGCGACCGUGAUGAGGAAGUGGAUGCACUGGAGUAUUGGUCGCUUGACGACUACACCAUGCAAGCUGAGCUGGACCGCUACAAAUUUGCACCCUGGGUGCACGCCCUUAUCGUUGGAUGUCCACGCUGCUUUGGCACGGCUGCGACCACUGAGCUUUAG